CAAAUAUUUUUUAGGAGAUUUUGUAUGGUAUAUGAUUUUUUUUUAACAAUGGGAUUUUGUUUUUAUCUCACAGUAUCAAACAGAAGUCACAACAACACAUCAGAACCAUUCAAUAAGUCAAGAGUCAUCUUUUACCUCCCUCGUUGUUUUAGAAGCAUUGAAAAUCUGGCUAAAAACGUCAGCGAAACUAGAGAACGUCUGCAGAUACGCUGUAACCAAUCGCAAGCCGUUGUCGUAACAGACGUAGCCAAUAAAAGUGUUGGAGUUUUCAGUUUGAACUGGAAUGAUAACUUAGAGUGUUUAAAGAGUUUUGUCUCCACAAACUGCUACACUCGGAAGAAGCAGGUGGUGCCAAAUGUUGUACAUUAUGUUUCCUUUGGACGUCGAGUCUUUAAAGCGGAGAGUUUUAUCAGCGUUCUCAGCGCUGUUCGAUUUCAGCAACCUUGCGCUAUACUGUUUCACGGACCGGACCCACCCUACGGGCCCUAUUGGGUGCUUCUCCAGUCCCUCGUCCCCAACCUGAUCCACGUGAAGAUGGCUGAACCGACAACUAUCUUUGGGAAGGCGUUUGGGUUUGUGCAACACAAAUCCGACAUCGUCAGGUUGGAGGUAUUGAAUGCUCUCGGAGGCAUCUACCUCGACAACGACCAGAUUCUAGUCAGGGAUGUUUGGGAGCUACAAAACGAGUCGUUUGUCAUGAGUCACGAGAACAGGAACAACCUGGCCAACUCGAUGAUGCUGGCACGGCCCGGCGCCGCAUUUAUCGACCUGUGGUACAAACAGUAUCGAUAUUACAAUCCCAAGAAGUGGGGCUACCACUCGACCGUGAUACCCUGGGUACUGGCGAGACAAAACACGUCGUUAAUCAAAAUCGUCGGGAACAGAUUCGUGAACCCAGACCUAACCUACAUUCUGAGAGUUUUUAAGGAACAUUACAACAUUUCAACGAACUACGGCAUUCAUCUUUAUACGAGAUUUUACCCUAAAAUACCGUUAAAUCUACCAGAUGUUAUUACAUGGAACUCUACAUUAGGCGAAGUGUGGAGAACAGUUUUGUACGGAAAGCCAUCUAUGUAUAUGUGCCCAGAAUCGCCUACUACUGUUGAAACUACCAGCCGUUAUGAUACGGAACUCUAUGUUAAGCGAACUUUGGAAAACAGUUUUGUAUGGAAAGCCAUCGAUGUAUGUGUGCCCUGA